UGCCGACACCUUUUGUGUUUUCAUAAUGUAACUGUGCAUCUCCAUUUUAUUUCACUGCUCGGCCAUUACAGGUUUAAUUAAGCUAAUGAGGCAACAGAUAUUUCUCAGGAGUGGCUUUGAAGGAAAAUGAAAUCAGCCCCUCUGCCACCCCCUCUCCUCACGCUCUGCGCUCACUAUAAAAGACAGGGCAACGUUGGGAAUCUGCAACAGGCGCUCGUGAACAAGCAAGAAAACCCACAACGGCACUUUUAUCAAAUUAUCAAGAGACACACUCCGACGCUGUGAUGUCACCAACUCUUCUGGCUCUUUGCUUGCUGGCAUGUUUCCUCUCUGGCAGAGAUGCUUAUCCAGUCAAGCCUGCCAAUCCCCGGGAAGGAGCUCCGCCUGAGGAGCUUGCCAAGUAUUACUCUGCACUGAGACAUUAUAUCAAUCUCAUUACAAGACAGAGGUAUGGAAAAAGAGACAACCCAGACACUGUAUUUUCUGACCUGUUUGUGAAAGAGAGCGCAGAAACUCUUCCAGGAUCCAACUAUAUACGAUACGAAGGUCUCCCGGGGUGGUGAUUCUGCCUGCUUUGUCACAUCCAGAAGAUGGUACAAUAUGUCUCUUACCAACAUGGCAGAAACUUGUGUUGCAUGAAAUAAACUUCAUUUGUCUGUCUGUCC